AUGGGGCAUGCUGGGCGCCAGUUCCAGGCCCUGCUCUGGAAGAACUGGCUCUGCAGACUGCGGCACCCGGUCCUUUCCCUUGCUGAAUUCUUCUGGCCGUGUCUCCUGUUCACGAUUCUGACAGUACUUCGUUUUCAGGAGCUUCCCAGACACAGAGACAACUGUUACUUGGAAGCCCGGGAUCUGCCCAGCCGGGGCGUUCUUCCCUUUGUCCAAGGCCUUCUUUGUAAUACCGGAUCCAGGUGCAGGAACUUCAGUUACGUGGAGUCCUCGGCACAGCAUUUUAGGCUGUCCAGGUCCCAGGCUGCAGAUGACCGUGAGACGCUCAGAAGUCUGCCCUUCUUAACGGAGAUACAAGACCUGGCUGAGGGAAUCUAUGAGACCACGGACAAGGCAGAACACUUACAAAAACGUUGGGCAGAAGGAUCCCAGACCCCAGGCAAGACUCCCGGGUGUUUCCCCUACCAGAUGGAUCUCCGGGAUUCGGAGGAGCUGAUAGCCACGCUGGAAACCCUGCAGCAGCGGCCUCACCUCUGGGACUUCCUGCUCUCCCUGCCGGCACUGGAGGAUGACGGCCUGAGCCCGGCCCUGCUCUUCCUCCGGGCCGUUCGGGGUUUCUUGACGUCCCUGGAAGAUUCGGCUGGGCUGCCACUCAACCACACCUUCUCCUGGGUUUCUGGGACCAUCCUGAACGUGACCAUCUCCACACUGACGACUCUGCAGCGACACGGAGCGGCGCUUGCUGGGUCCGGGUCCCGCCUGUCCCUGCGGAGUGCCGUGUGGGAGCCACAGAAGGUUCAGUCCGAUCUCCAGGCUCGAUUCGGGUUUGAUGAACUUCACACAGAACAGAUCCUGAAUUAUUCAGCUGAACUAAGGGAGAUGCUCACAGCCAGCUCCUUGGAGAGGCUGGUGUGCUCUGCCCUGUCCAGCACAUCCCAGGACGGAGCUGCAGGAGGGGGCCACCGUGGAGACUGCCAGCUCCAGUGGUCAGAAGCCAAAAGCUACCUCGUGCGUGCGGUCAGCUGGCUGCGUGUCUACAGACAGGUGCUUGACCGGUGGCAACAGGGCGGCGUGCUGCAGGAGGUGCUCACUGGGGCCGGCUGCAGUCUGGGGGCCCUGGCGGCUCGGCUGGAAGGAGGGAGUGGCCCAUGGCAGGUGGUGCAAGCUGUGCGCACCGGGCUGCUCCUGCUGCGUGGCAGCCUGGUGGCCGAGGGCCCUGAAGACAAGCGCUCGUCACCUAAGACGUCACGACGUCUGCAGCAGCUACAGAGCCUGCUGCACACACUGCCCGCCCGGCCGGCUCGGAAGAGGCAGCUGCCGCUCGACGGUGCUCUCAGGAACGCGGUAGCCCAGGACCUAGGUUUGAUCCAAGAGAUCCUCCUUUGCCUGGAGACAUCAGUUAACGACUCCAUGCAGGGUGAACUUGACCGGUUGAAACUGGAAAAGGAUGUGUUCUGGGAGUUGAAGCAGGUGCUGUCAGAGAAGGCGGCGGCACUGUGCCUAAAGGGACGCUGGUCUGAGAAGGGUGCCGAGCACCCUGGGACCUCCAGCGUCUGUUGGGGCCUCCGGGAGCUGCUGUGCCGUCACGACCCCUCCAAUGGGAGCAGCGUGGAGCACAAGCUGUGCUCUGAUCAGAUUUUGCAAGGGGUCACCACUGGGCAGACAGACGUGCCCGUUUCGACAGCUGGAGGAUACCUGGGCUGGCAGGAACUCCCGACGCAGCUGUCAGAAGGGAACCUUUCCUGCGCUCGGCUCUCCCAGCUGCUGGGAGCCGGCGCCUCCCCUGGGGGCUGUAAGCAACUGAUCUCUGCCGUGGUAUGUCACAUGUCUGAGAACUCACAAUUGUCCCUGGACCAAACACUCCGCUGGAAAGCCUGCCCAGGGCUCCUCAGGGAUGCUUGCAAGGUGGCUCGAUCUGUGAGCACACGGGAGAGUUUCCUGAGCCAGCUGUCAGUUUUCUCUGUGGAUUCUGCUUGUUAUGAAGAAAACAUGGACUGGGGAUUCAUCCGUGAUAAUGACGUUGCAUCUUUGGAUAAUGUUCCCGAGUCUCCGGUAGCUGCUAUAUCCAGGGCAUUAAACUUCACAAAGCACCUUUUAAUGAUGAAAAAGUUGUAUUCCACUGAUGAUGAACCCGUGGACUUCCUUUUGUCAUUUGUGGAAGUCUUGGAGAACCCAUUGUCAUUUAAUCCUGUUGACUCACAGAUGAGUUUUCCCAAGUUCCAUAGCCUCCCAUCCACCCCUGAGAAUAUUCUACAUGUUUUAGAUACAAGUACUUUGUGGUUGAGUCACUUAAAAAGUUUAGAGGUGGAACCGUCUUCUAUCCAUGUUCAGAAGUUUUUGGAAUUUGGCAAAGAGGUAACUGAGAGAAUACAAACUCUUGAAAGUAACUGGAUGAGUGAGGAAUCAGGAAAUCUUUUGAGAUUCCUGGAAUUAAUACGUAAUUCCAAGCUGCCCGAAUCAUGGCUCUAUGGCACUUCAAAAGAAAAAGGAGCUAAGCUGGAUGUCUUGUCUACACUUCUAAAUUUUUCUGUUCCAGAAAAUGAGAAAAUUCUUAGUAAAAGCUUUGACUUUUCCCAGCUGCUCCGUUCAGAUUGGCCUGAUUCCCCAGCUACGAAUGUGGAUCUUGUGCAUCUGAGCGAAGCUGUGAUCAGUAGACUCUCUGAGUCUGGAUUUCUGGGGCAGGAGCAAGUCUCAGAAGCUCUUGACGAAGUCUAUAUGAUAAAGAACACAUCUGAUCUUUUUAUAGCUCUUCCUGAGCCUCAGAAGCAGGAAGUUGAUAACAUUUUGACUCAUUUAAUCAAUAUCUUCAAGGACAAGGAUUCAGCUUUACUUCUGCAAGUUUAUUCUUCAUUUUAUCAGUCCAUUUAUAAGUUCCUGAGCAUUCAGAGCCGAGAGUCUUUGCUAACUUUCCUUACACAAAUCUCAAAACGCAUUUUGGAUAUCAUAAAGCAAUUUAAUUUUCAAGACAUCAGCAAGGCAUUUGCGUUUUUAUCUGAGGCAGCAGGGCUUCUCGGGGGAAUUUCUGAAGUACCACCUUGUCAGCAGCUGCUUUCAAUUUUUAACUUUCUGGAGCUUCAAGCCGAAUCCUUGAUGUCUACAGAGGGCCAGGAAUUGGAGGGGAUCCAUGCUACGCUGACAGGCCUCAAACAGCUGCUCGUGGUGGAUGAAGAUUUCCGCAUCUCUUUAUCUCAAUAUAUGAGUCAGUUCUUCAGUGACUCACCAGGGGUCCCUUUUGGUGAUGAGUGCUUUGUCUGGGAAAAUAAACACAUUUCUCCCAUGAAUUCCUCAACAGAGGAAGGAUCUUCACUCACUCUUCCGUGGGCACGAAGCUUUUCGGAGCUCUCUGCCAAUGGCAGUGCGCUGAGCGAGUUUCUAGCCAUUCCCUGCACUGUGUCGUGGCUUCAGAUGUGGACGGACAUCUGGGGAAGCUUAUCUGAGGUAUGUAAACUUGACACAAAUGUCUUCACCUCUCUUCAUGUUGGUCUCACUCAGCUUUUGGAUGAGUUGGAAAAGGAUGUGAAAAUUUCCAAAACCUGCCAGAGACCACUUCCCACCCACCAUGCUGCCAGACUCAUAUUACGUUUAUUUAAGAAUGUGAGUGAAGCUUGUGAUGCCCAUGAUUGGAAUGAUUUAUGGGGCCUCACGGAUCUCUGGGUGGCAUUAGGUGACGUGUCAGUAGCAGGAAGCUCACUCUCCCUGGACCGCAUGGAGAGGUCUCUUGUCGCCAUGGGAACGGUGCUGCACCGGCUGAGGACGUUUCUCUUCAGCACAGACACAGGCAGAGAGUUCUGGCAUCCUCUGCUGGGAGCUUUCACUGCGCUAAGCAAUACCCGAGAAGGGGCAGGUGUAGGUCCUGUAAACUGCUCUACUUCAAAUAACCUCACACAUUACGGGGCAAAACUUGCACCUCUCAUCCCUGAGCUAAGGGACACGAUAUCAUUUCUUAGAAAUGUGUCAUGGGACCAAGAUCUAUCGUCUUGUGCUGAUGUUUUAAAAAAUGCUGCUGCGUUUAUUUUAGAAGAUGGCGUACAGUACAAAAACGCUUCACAGAGGACACUGCGCGUUCUGGCCAUGUUGAAUUCCACAUUUUCUUCUGAGGAUAACAUCCGCAGAUUGCAAGGAUGCAUGGCAUGGGUAGAUGCCAUAAACCGACUGUCCCUGAAGUAUAAUUCAAGUUUCCCACCAGGCCAUCUUCAAGGAAUCUGGGGGAGUUUCAGAGACGUGAAAGACAAAAUGAACUCUACCCUGAAAAUUGUAAAUUGGGUGCUAAAUGUAAAGAAAUCUCCUUGUUCACUGACUGAGUUAAAUACAAGUUGUUUAAAUAUUUACCUGAAAGACGUAACUGACUUUCUAAAUAAUAUACUUACUAGAGUCUUGGAAAAAGAGAGGGUCCUCAAAUUUGAGAUUAUGUUAGCUCUUUUAAAUGAUUCCACAAACCAAGUAAGGAUGGUUAUCCGCAACUUGACGGUAGACUGGAAACACUUUGCUGAAUUAAUUCUGAGACCCCUAGAAACGGCAGACGAAAUUCCUACCCAGUUUCAAAAUACUUGGCUGUGUUUGAUGGCACUUGGGAAGGAAAUUCAGAAACUCGUGAAAGAGAUUUCCCCUAACUUCCGUGAAAGUAAUUCCUCUUCUAACACUGAGAAGGCUUUUAGUACACUUGCCACCAGUCCAAAGGAGAAGGAUGUGAACAGUUUAGGGAAUUCCAUUUAUUACUUAGCCAGGGAUCUUGCCCUGGACUUGUCUCUCGGUCUCCAGAAUUGGUCAAUAGCAGUUCCUCAUGAAAUAACUAUGGCCAUGGGUCUUGGCAUUCAGCUGGCGAGGGAUGUGUUCAGCUCCUUAGUACCUGCCACUGAACUCAAUAUUCCACCGGCUGCAGGUCAUGUUCAAGAUCUCAAGGUUGCUGCUUUCCUACACAGUCUCAGGAAAGCCAACAUAGACCUGGUAAUAGACCAACUUGUACACAUCAGGGAAAACCUUGUGACUUGCUUCCGGAACGUCAGUAGGUUAGGUGCUGGCAAUUCAGGGGUCAACUUGCUCAUGGACCUGAUGGAGAAAUCUUUAGGGAGCUCCCAUUGCUGGAAUGUCAACCACCUGCUGCGUCUUCUGCGCCUGUUCCCUAAAGACGAGGUGAGCACAGUGGUAGAUGCAUACUACGCCCUUGCCCCGGUAGGGAGGCUCCUGCGGGGCCUUGCUGACAAGAACAUCACAGAGGCCCUCAGGGACGUCUGCGACUUCACGCUGCUUCAUGGCGUAAGCGUUUCAGAUGUCGCCAAGGAAGACUUCGCUACUGUGAUAAAAGCUCUCUCAGACAUGAUUGAAUCACUCUCGGAUAAGCCAGAAACGAUUUCGGAGGCUUUACCUUGCCUUCCUGUGCUUUGGUGCUGGAACCGUACAACUUUUGGACUUCGGCAGAAUCGCAUGUUGGAAGCCUGCCGUGGCCGUGGGCUCGGGUCUUCUUCCUUUUACAGCCAAGUGGUCCUUAUGCUUGACCACCUCCACCUGGCUUCCCUGGGAGGAGGGUCAUGGUGUGCAAAUGAGAGCUCACAGAUGGAAAUAACUGGGAAAGUGGUCUGUGCCAUUCAUGAACUAAUGGGCUGGAAUUCCAUUCUUCUGGAGGGAGCUGAAGUCUUCCGUGUUAACAUGUCACUAGCAAAAGCCAUGCAAGAGUUUUGGCAUAAGGUGUUACCAUUUUUCCCACCUUCUGGAAACCAAAGUAACCAUAGCUUCUCUGAACUUUGUCCUGGUGCUCCCAUAAAGCAAGUUGUUUUGCAAAUCAUGAGUAAACUAAAAAAUGCCAACUUUACAAAACUUAUUACCUCAGGUGAAAACCUUCUUAAUGAACCAGCUAGUUCAGACAAGAACCUCAACGUGAGUCAUGACCCACAGACAUCUGCUCAAGAUACUGCCGUAAGCUGGGAAAGCAUAAUAAAAUCCAUUUCUGGGCAUGGGAGCCUAGACAAUAGGACUCGUUAUCUGCUGUCUCCACUCACGGCGGCUCUGGAAGCCAAUCUUCCAGGCAGGAGCUUAGAGGCACUAUCAAGGUUCCUUAAAGGUGAACUAAUGUAUGACUUUGAAGAGCUGUGGCUUGUGUUUGCACCAAUUAUGAAGGACCUAGCCCAUGACAUUGGCUUUGGGCACCUGAUUCCUGCAAUUAAAGAAGAAAUCCAAAGGACAAACUCAGUGGAGCCUCAGAACAGAUCUUUGGGUCAUUUAGGAAACACUUCUGGAGAAGGCGUUUCUGAAGUCCCCGUUUUUGCUCGUCUGCCCAGUGCAGAACAGCCUGCCAGCUCUUCGGCUCAGCUGCCUUUUGAAGGCCUCCUGACGAGCUCGGCCAUCCCCUUAGCUGGGGGGUCUCCAGCGGCAGCCCCAGACCCAAGUGACGUUCAACAAAUGAACGUCGCUAACCUCCCCUUGAACCUGACGCAGCCAGAAAAUGGAGGGAAAACCGCCCCUCCGAGCAGCACAGCGAGUCUCCGGGGACAGCUCUACUUUCUCCGGAGGAAGAACACAGGUCCUCCCCCAGCCAGAGGCUCCCCCAGGGCUGUGAUCGCGGGGAGGAGUUCAUUUCCCCUAAGAAAUAGGGCAACGUCAGACAACACGAGGCGGUUGCUUGGCGUUGUAUCACGAGCCAGCGAAGACAGCAGUGUCUGGGAACCCCUCCUAGAAUCCCCUGCUGGGCUUUGUCUACACUGCUGCAUGUACCAAGGACCUGAGGGAUUCUUUGACAAUCUUUACUCCAUCUUGCAACAAAGUGUUCCACAUCUUGUGAAGGAAAAAGCUACUUUGAAAAAAGAGCGUUUCCCAUUUACCAAGACUAAGGAUUUGCUGCUGCCAUUUCUUGACAUGGCCCUUGGGAUGGCUGGGGGGACCCAAUACUUCUGGAGAUUCUGCUGUUCCUGCCCUGUCACCCAGCGUACUCAUGUGGACCAAUCCAAGGACUCUGGUGUUUUAGAGGAAGUCGCUGAGUUUUUUACUUCUGUGAAUAUCAGUGUUGGAGAUUUGGAGCAUCGCGUGGUGGCAUUUAGCAAUGGAACUCCAAUAUUUUCUAUGGAGUCUAUGAGCCUAUCGGAGGAAAUCCUGGAUUUAGUUCCUGUAGAUAACCUCACCUGCCAGGUGGGCUUACAUCUUUGUCCAACCGCCACUCACAGUGGCCCUCACGAUGCACAAUGGACGAGAAUUCAUGAAGUGAUCCUUGUUCCAGACAAAAUAGUAUCAGACGGCACAGGAAGAAGCACUUACUGGACAAUGGCAGCCCCCCUCACCUUACAAGCCCUCUGGAAUAGCUCACGGCAGGUGGCUGUAAUGUUCUUAAUCCUGUCAGCAUUUGCUAAGCACGCAGAUAGUCUCCUGCAAACCAGAAGCGGGCCUACGGCCUGUCGCGGGAUUCAAAGCGAUGAUGGAGGUGAUUGGAGCAAAGGUCCAUUUCUCAACACACCUCUGAUCCAGAAUAUAACUCGGCAGCUUGGAAAAGGGGUCCUGAGUGCGUGGAGUAGAGCUACGCCCUCCAGGAUCCGGCUUCUCCCAGACAACUCAUGCGCUGGUGAGAUGUGUCAAGUGUUCUGGCAGCCCGUGGAGCCCUCGGAAGCCCUGGAGAUGCUGCAGAAAGUGAGCCUGGUGGCUCUGCGGACGCUGCUCAUCUUGGCAGAAAACCCUCCCCUGACCCGGGACGUUUUGUGUGCUGCUCUGAGCUGCAAGCACGGCGGGACAAGGCGCCUCCUUUUGUCUGCAGUACAAGGGUUCGCCCUGGGGCAAGACCACUAUCAGGAAAUUGAAAAAAUGUGGUCCUCACCCACUCAACUGACUUGUGAACGUCUCAUCAGAAAUCUUUCUAGAGCCUUGGGAAGCUUCAAGAGCAACUUGGAAAAUGCCACUGCCCAGGACUGCGUGUGCCAGCCCGGGCUGGGGCCUGUGCAGCAGCACGUGCACAGGUUGGCCAAAAGCCUCGCAGAGACCUGGUUGUCAGGGUUUCCCAUCGCGACUUUUCUCAGCAAUUUCACAGUAACUGAGGAUGUGAAAAUCAAAGAUUUGAUGAACAACGUCCCCGAGUUAAUUGAAGAGCUUCGGUCUUCGGUCCACAUCUCCGAUGAAGCCAUUGACGGCAUCUUGGAAGCCAACGUGUCCCACUCCAAGGUUCUCUGGAGCGCCCUCACCGCGGCUCUGUCUGGAAGGUGUGAUCAGGAAAUCCUGCGCCUCCUGCUGACGCUUCCUCAGGACGAGACGUCUCGGUUUGUGACGGAGGAGCUCUGUGGCCUGCCCGGGUCACGGGUGUACCUUCUGCUUGUGUCCAUGGGUCGGAACCUGAACCUGCGGAGCUUCGUUUACAAAACUCGGAUGCCACCCGAAGCCAGGGGCUUGCUCCACUCCCUGUCGGAUGUCGUGUCCAGCCUCAGCUCCUUACUCGGCAGAGCCCAGCACAUCCUCCGACACCUCCCUGCGUUUCUUCACACCCUGAACAUCGACGCCUUGCUGGACACCUCCGGCUUUCAGCAGGUUCCAAGAGGUGGCCUGGCCAGAGGCUCAGUCUUUGGCUCCUUCCAGACUGUGGUGAAGAUGGUUUGCAAGGACCAAGCAUCUUUUCUCAGUGAUUCUAACACAUUCAUCAGUUUGCCCAGAGUUAAUGAGCUCUUGGAGGAUGACAAGGAGAAAUUCAACAUUCCUGAGGAUUCAACUCCGUUUUGCUUGAAGCUGUAUCAGGAAAUCCUGCAGUCUCCAAAUGGUGCCAUGGUAUGGUCCUUCCUGAAACCUGUACUCCAUGGGAAAAUCCUGUACACGCCCAACACCCCCGAGAUUCACCAGGUCAUUCAAAAGGCGAAUUCUACCUUUCACUUUGUGGACAAGCUGAAGGCUCUGUUGGAAACACUGCUGAAGAUGUCCAGCCUUUUCCAGGGAAGUGGGAGUGGCCAGGUGUUCAACCAGCUGCAGAAAGCCCUGAGAAACAAAUUUAUAAGAAGGUUUAUAGAAGUCCAGCUACACAUUGAUGUAGACACCCUAAUGGAAAAACUCCAGACGUACGGAGGGAUGCUGGAGAAGAUGUUUAACCACACAGGGACUGACCACAUCCGUCUCCUGGGCCAUGUCUUGGUCAACCUGUCCUCCUGUGUGACUCUGAACCGUUUCCAGGCCAUGGACUCUGUGGAUGCCUUGGAGAGCAAAGCCCAUGAGCUGAUGAAGCACAACAACUUCUUGGCCAGUGUCAUAUUCAACAGUUCCUUAGUCAGGAAGAGCGUCCCAUCUGCGUCUCUCAAGCUGCCACCCCACGUCACCUACACAAUCAGGACCAGUGUCUUGUACAGCAUGAGGACAGAUAUGGUGAAAAACCCUUCCUGGAAGUUCCAUCCUCAGAGUCUGCCAGCCGACGGGUUCAAGUACAACUACCUCUUUGUCCCGCUGCAAGACAUGAUUGAAAGAGCCAUCAUCACCGUGCAGACAGGCCACGACGCUCCAGAGCCGGCUGCCCAGACGCAGGCUGCCCCCUACCCCUGCCACACCAGCGACCUGUUCCUGAACAACGUGGGUUUCUUUUUCCCUCUGAUCAUGAUGCUGACCUGGAUGGUGUCUGUGGCCAGCAUGGUCCGGAAGCUGGUUUAUGAACGGGAGAUCCAGAUAGAAGAGUACCUGCGGAUGAUGGGCGUGCACCCUGCAACCCACUUCCUGGCCUGGUUCCUGGAGAACAUGGCCGUGCUGGCCGCGAGCAGCGCGGCCCUGGCCAUCGUCCUGAAAGCCAGCGGCAUCUUCGCGCACAGCAACGCCUGUGUCGUUUUCCUCUACCUCCUGGACUUUGGGGUGUCGAUCGUCAUGCUGAGUUACUUCUUGAGCACGCUUUUCGACCGCGCGAAUACAGCAGCCCUCUGCACCAGCCUGGUGUACAUGGUCAGCUUUCUGCCCUACAUAGUUCUCUUGGUCCUGCGUAACCAGCUGAGUCCUGUGGUUCAGAUGUUUCUGUGCCUCCUCUCGACAACGGCCUUUGGACAAGGAGUAUUUUUCAUUACAUUCCUGGAGGGACAAGAGGCAGGGAUCCAGUGGAGUAAUAUGUACCAGGCUCCGGAACGCGGGGGCAUGACAUUCGGCUGGGUUUGUUGGAUGAUUCUCUUUGAUUCAAGCCUUUAUUUCUUAUGUGGAUGGUACUUAAGCAACUUGAUUCCUGGAAGCUUCGGAGUGAGGAGACCCUGGUAUUUUCCCAUCACCGGCUCGUACUGGAGGAGCCUGUGCGGCUUCCUGGAGAAGCGGCCGAGCUCCCCGGGCUCCAGCCCCUUCGUCGGUGAGAACCGCGGCCACAGAGGGUCACCGCCCCAACAUGGGGAAGGGGAGCCGAGAGGGGGCCAUCUGGGAGUCACCCUGGUGUCUGUGACCAAGGACUACGAAGGCCACAAGGCCGCCGUCCAGGACCUCAGCCUCACCUUCCACAGGGGCCAGAUCGCCGCCCUGCUGGGGACCAACGGUGCUGGGAAAACCACCAUCAUAUCCUUGUUGACGGGGCUCCACCCUCCCACUUCUGGAACCAUCAUCGUCGAUGGCAAGAACCUGCAGACAGACCUGUCCAAGGUCAGAAGGGAGCUGGGGGUGUGUCCGCAGCACGACGUCCUCUUCGACAGCCUCACUGUCCAGGAACACCUGCUACUGUUUGGCUCCAUCAAGGCGCCGUGGUGGACCCAGGAGGAGCUGCGGCAGCAGGUGGCCAAAACUCUGCAGGAUGUGGAGUUGACUCAACACCAGCACAAGCCGACCUGCACCCUGUCUGGAGGCUCCAAGCGGAAGCUGUCUCUGGGCAUUGCCUUCAUGGGCACAUCACGGACCGUGGUUCUGGAUGAGCCCACCAGUGGUGUGGACCCCUGCUCCCGCCGCAGCCUCUGGGACAUUCUACUCAGGUACCGAGAAGGUCGCACGAUCGUCUUCACCACCCACCACCUGGAUGAGGCCGAGGUGCUCAGCGACUGUGUGGCCGUCCUCCAGCACGGGCGGCUCAGGUGCUGCGGCCCUCCCGUCUGCCUGAAGGAGGCCCACGGCCAGGGGCUCCGCCUGACGCUCACCCAGCAACCGCCUGUUCUGGGGGCCCGUGAUCCUGAGGACAUCGCUCGUGUCACAUCUCUGAUCCAGGUCUAUAUUCCACAAGCGUUUCUCAAAGGCAGCAGUGGGGGAGAGCUGACCUACACCAUCCCCAAGGACGCAAACACCGCCUGCUUCAAAGGCCUCUUCCAGGCCCUGGACCAAAACCAGCAGCAGCUGCACCUGGCCGGCUACGGCCUCUCAGACACCACCUUGGAGGAGGUGUUCCUGACGCUUCUGCAGGACUCCAACGAGAAGUCUCACCUUGCUCCGGGGAACACGUCGGAGCCGCAGAAGCGCAGCCCUGCCGGCCAUGGUCGUCUCUGGACACUAUGUUGGCGGUGUCCAGACUGGCUUCUCCUACUCAGUGGCUCGCCUGUGCGGCCCCCACCUGUGCAGGGCCGCCAGCUGCUUGUGGCACAGGUGGCUGCCCUCCUGCAGAAGCGGCUGCGCCACACGCUCCGGGCCUGGAGGGGCACGCUCUCGGACCUGCUGCUGCCUGUGCUGUUCGUGGCCCUGGCCAUGGGCCUGUUCAUGGUGCGGCCCCUGGCCACCAGCUACCCUCCCCUCAGACUGACGCCUGGCCACUACGCGGGGGCCGAAACCUACUUUUUCAGCAGUGGGGAUGACGACAUGGACCUCACCCACGUGCUCCUGCGGAAGUUCAGAGGUCAAGGUCUGAUCUGCGCUGAUAUUUCUAGGCGGAAUUCCUCGUGCUGGCGCCGGGAUCUCUUUUCUCACCCAGAAUUCCAGGACUCCUGUGGCUGCCUGAGGUGUCCAAACCGCAGUGCAGGGGCGCCCUACCUGACCAGCGGCCUGGGCCACACCCUGCUGAACCUCUCGGGCACUGACGUGGAGGAGUACUUGCUGCUGCCGUCCGAGAAACCCAGGCUCGGCGGCUGGUCCUUCGGAGUGCGCCUCCCCGGCAAAGCUGAGGCUGCGGACACGAGCACGUCCAAGUCGGAGACUCUGGCGAAGGUGUGGUACAAUCAGAAGAGCUUUCACUCCCUGCCUUCCUACUUGAAUCACCUAAACAACCUUGUGCUCUGGCGGCAUUUGCCCCCUGCUGCGGACUGGCAACAAUACGGAAUAACGCUCUAUAGCCACCCGUACGGAGGUGCCUUGCUGAACGAGGACAAGAUCCUGGAGAGCAUCCGUCAGUGCGGUGUCGCCCUGUGCAUUGUGCUCGGCUUCUCCAUCCUGUCUGCGUCCAUCGGGAGCUCUGUGGUGAGGGACAGAGUGACCGGAGCCAAAAGGUUGCAGCACAUAAGUGGCCUCGGCUACAGGACGUACUGGUUCACUAACUUCCUGUUUGACAUGCUCUUCUACUUGAUUUCCGUCGGCCUGUGUGUAGCCAUUAUCGUCCCCUUCCAGUUAACAGCUUUUACCUUCCGCGAGAACUUGGCGGCCACGGCCCUCCUGCUGGCGCUCUUCGGAUACGCAACGCUCCCGUGGAUGUACCUGAUGUCCGGCAUCUUCUCCAGCGCGGACGUGGCUCUCAUCUCCUACAUCUCAAUGAAUUUCAUCUUUGGCCUGUGCACCAUGCUCAUGACCAUCGUGCCCCGGCUCCUGGCCAUCGUGUCCAAAGCCCAGAACCUGCAGAACAUCUACGAUGUCCUCAAGUGGGCCUUCACUAUUUUUCCCCAAUUCUGUCUGGGUCAAGGGCUGAUUGAACUCUGUUACAAUCAAAUCAAGUACGACCUGACCCACAACUUCGGCGUGGAUUCCUACGUGAGCCCCUUCGAGAUGAGCUUCUUGGGCUGGAUCUUUGUGGAACUGGCCGUGCAGGGCACAGUGGUUCUUCUGCUGAGGAUCCUGCUGCACUGGGACCUGCUGCGGCCGUCAAGGGGUCCCUCUGCCCUCCGCAGCACAGGCAGGUCUUCCAAAGAUGUGGAUGUCUGGAAAGAGCAGCUGAGGGUGUCGGAGGGGAGGACAGAAGGAGACCUCCUUGUGCUGCGCAACCUUAGCAAACGCUACGGCAACUUUUGCAAGAAGACAUCUGCCGUGCACGACGUCAGCGUGGCCAUUCGGAGGGGAGAGUGCUUCGGGCUGCUGGGCACCAACGGAGCGGGGAAGACCACCGUGUUCGGCAUGCUGACGGGCGAGGUCGGCCCGAGUUCGGGGCGCGCCGUGGUCAGGACGCCCGCAGGCGACCACGUGGCUCUGUCUUCUGCCGGCGAGGCUGGCAUCCUCAUUGGCUACUGUCCGCAGCAGGAUGCCCUGGACGGGCUGCUGACGGGUCGGGAACACCUCCGCUAUUACUGCAGCCUGCGCGGGAUUCCCAAGCAGCACAUCCCCGAGGUUGUCGGAGACCUCCUGAGGCGCUUGCACCUCGAAGCCCACGCGGACAAACCGGUGGCCACCUACAGUGGGGGCACCAAGCGGAAACUCUCCACGGCGCUGGCCCUGGUGGGGAAACCCGACAUUCUGUUAUUGGAUGAGCCCAGCUCUGGGAUGGAUCCCUGCUCUAAGCGGUACUUGUGGCAGACAAUCCUGGCAGAGGUCCAAGGCUGUGCCGCAGUGCUGACCUCCCACAGCAUGGAGGAGUGUGAGGUGCUGUGCACCAGACUGGCUGUGAUGGUCCGCGGCAGCUUCAGGUGCCUCGGCUCCCCUGAGCACGUUAAGGACAGGUUUGGUGAUGGUUAUGCAGUCAAAGUUUGGCUUUGUAAGGAAGCACGUCAGCCUGGCACUGUUUCCGACUGCCUGAGUCUCCAUUUUCCAGGAACCCAGUUCAAGGGCCAGCGCCUUAAUUUGCUGGAAUAUCAAGUGCCCAAAAGGUGGGGGUGCUUAGCGGACCUGUUCAAAGUUCUAGAGAACAAUAAGACGACCUUGAAUAUCGAGCAUUACUCCGUCAGCCAAACCACUUUGGAGCAGGUAUUUAUUCGUUUUGCUACUGAACAGCAACCCACCCCACAACCCCGCGAUGGUCGUGACCUGCACCACCUGCCCGUCUAAGCCCUAAGGAGUAGAACCUGGUCCUUCCCAGGGGUCAACACUCAGGAACCAGCGGGGGUACUGCACAGCACAGCACAGGCAGCCAAGUGACUUCCUCUCCCUCAUUUUCUGUCUCAAGGCAUUUUGUUCACCAAUACCCAGCCAAUGAGAGGCCACCCUUUCCUGCAGGCCUCUGGGGAGCUGCUCCAACACAUUCACUCUUUGCCUAGCCAGGUAACAAAGGCAGGGGUGGACUCACAGGGAGCAGGGGGCCUGCCUCAGUGGGCCCAGGUGGCCUUCUCCAGGCCUCUCCGUCUGCCCAAGGACACGGAGGACCCCAGUGAGGUUAGAAAAGCUCCUCACUGGCUGGUGUAUGGACCGACAUCAAGGACUGUUUCCCACUUUGCCAUCUUUUUGCUAGGUAUGCUUAUACGUUUUUAAAUACAAAUUCAGUGAUUCAGGUGUGAAAUUUUUGAAGAACUGUAUGAAAUGAUAUGGUGUG